CUUUCUUUCCAGAUGACCUUGUCCCCGUCGGUCACCUGCACAUGCGCCGGGCUCACAUGUGAGGUGCAGAUGUACAGAUGUACGUCCCAUAAAAGCCUGUCCCGCCUGCCCUUCGAGUCCCCGCCAGUCCUCGCCAGUCCUGCAACCCGCUCGCCAUGCUCAAAUUCCUUUCCCUGGCCCUCCUGGCCUCCUCGGCUGCCGCCCACAUGGUCAUGAGCUAUCCGCCUCCGCGAGGCUCGAAAAGCUCCCCGCCCAUCGACUAUGACUUGAACGCUCCCCUCGGCGACGGCAAGCCGUUCCCCUGCGGUGGCAAGAAGGCCAGUAAGGUCACUGCCACUCUCCACGCCGGCACCCAUCUCAACUCUAGCCUGCUCGAUGCCCCCGGCGCCAACUUCCACGAUGGAGGCCACUGUCAGUUUGCCGUUUCGUAUGACGAAAAGAACUGGGUGGUGCUCGCGACAGUCAUCCGCGAGUGUCUUCGUCAGGACGGCCUCAACUACGACAUUCCCAUCCCGAUCGAUAUUCCCCAGGCCGACCGUGCAACCUUUGCCUGGACCUGGAUCAACGCCGAGGGAAACCGCGAGUACUACAUGAACUGUGCCGACGUCAAGAUUGUCAGCAACAGCAACUCUUUCUCGGGCCCGGAGCUCUUUGUUGCUAAUCUGCCCGGAUACCCAACCAUCCCUGAAAUGGCGCUUGUCAAACCAGCCAAGGAUGGCCGCCAAUACCUGACGGACGGAGCCCGCAAAACUAUUACGGUCAGCAACGGCAACCAGCCCACUGCGACGGCUAAACCCACCACCAAGCCGACCACAGCUGCACCCAGCACCGCCAAGACCACCAAGACCACCAAGACUACCAAGUCCAAGAAGACCAAGUCCUCCAAGACCAAAAAGUCCAAGUCCAAGCAGGCAUAGGGCCCCUGGGAGAAUGCCUCCGACAAAGCAAAUGGACGUUCUGCCUUAUCUAGCAUCGGAGCUGUAAUCAUUGGGUGGAUCUUCAGCGAGAUGUAUUGGAUCGCCCCCGCCGUGUCUGUCGCUCUCGGUCGUCCUCGGUCGUCACUGGCUGGCUUCUCUUUGGACCACUUCGUUGUGAACACGGCUGAUUCCAAUAACGAUGGCUGAUUCCAAUAACGAUGGCUGAUUCCAAU